CACCUGAACAUGUUGACCAUUUGUAUGGAAGCGAAAAAAAUCCAAAAAGGAAACAUAUGCUGCCAUCAUUGCCAUGGUGGAAUUAUAUAUUCCUUUGGUGUAUACUGUUGCGACAACACGACAUGGCAAAAGUAGUAUUUCAAAAAGUCGAGAAACCAACAGCAAUGGCAUUAAUUGCCUACCAACUGUGUCAUUCGACAAAACGUCUAGCAAAAUGGAAAGACAAGAACCUUGAGGCUAGGAUGGAACAGGACAUGGUCGAAUGGUCACGGUUGGCAACCGGUACACUUGAUGAGUACUUAAGAAGUCCUUUAGAAGAAGGUAGAGAUUUGGCAAGUGAAUUACUUUUAACGAAUAUACCAUUCUGGGAUAACGCGACGUGCUUGGAACUUGCAAUCGAAUCGCAAAAUUUAGCCUUUGUUGAGAGCCCCGUAUGCCAAUAUACGUUGGACAUAAUUUGGAUGGGAUCUUCAUCAAAAAUAUCGUCAUUACAGUUUGCGAUAUAUUUACUGUUCCCAUUCCUGGUAAUAUUCAAUGGCGGACUAGAAUUCUUCGACAUCCCGAUGACAAAAUUCGCAUACAAUGUGAUGAUGUAUGUUGCAUUUCUGAUUAUCUACGCAUAUGUGAUUUUGUUUGGUCUCGCAAGAAAUGUUUCGACCAUUGAAUACGCACUGAUGACAUGGGUUUUCAGCAUGCUUGUUGAAGAAAUCCGACAGGUGGCUACAGCAACAGAUAAAACAAAGCACAUCAAGAGCGGAUGGAACGCAAUAGAUUUCAUUUCGAUUUUCCUUUUUUUCAUUGGGUUUGGGCUGAGAUUCAAAAACUUUCCAGACGAAUUUGAUGCGCCUAGAGUCGUGCUGUCUCUUGCUUUUGUUGCUUUCGUUUUGCGUCUCAUUCACAUCUUCUCACUUCAAAAGGUGUUAGGUCCAAAACUGAUAAUGAUAAAAAAAAUGUUCCAGGAUCUUCUUUAUUUUUUGCUGAUUCUGGCAGUGUUUUUUGUAUCAUAUGCAAUUUCGUCACAUUCGAUUUUGUACCCGAAUUCUCCGGCAACAUGGGAGACAGCAAGACAAAUAUUAAGAAGACCAUAUUGGCAUCUGUAUGGAGAGCUAUUCUUGGACGAAACGGAAGGGUUGAUGGAUUGCACCAAUAAUGCUACGAUGUGGACCAACGGAACAUAUCAACGUUGCCCAAGCGAAACUGGAAAGAUGAUCGUUCCCAUUAUGAUGGGCGUUUACUUGCUUUUUGCAAACAUUCUACUCGUCAACCUACUUAUUGCACUGUUCAGCUAUACGUUCAAUAAAAUUCACGUGAUGUCGGACAGUCUGUGGUGCUUCCAGAGGUACUUCCUAAUUAAAGAGUACGCAAUCAGGCCGUUGGUUUGUCCUCCGCUAAACUGUCUCUUGCACAUGUACCAACUUCUGAAACGCAUUCGGUGCAAACCACGAGGAAUUCACGAUCGUUUCCGACUUGAGAUGUUGCCAGAAUCUCGUAGAAAAAUACAUAAACGUGAAAAGGAGGCAGUUCGAACUUUCAUGAAGUCUCAGACCACGCCGGAAACUGAAACUAUGUCUUCGAAGAUAAUAAAAGAUAAUCAAACGAUGGUUGAUCUGGGGCAUAACAAGUAUGUCCUCGAUGAAGACAUAGUAGAAGAAUUGAGAAGAUCAAUGGCAGCUCAUCAGACAAAAAUGGCUUUCCUGAACGAUGAACUAAGAAGCUUAAUACGUGAUGAGUUCAAACUCAUACAUCAGAGUUUCGACGCGCUGAGUAGGAAAGUAGCAAAACUAGAGACAAAGGUUGAAGAUAAUUACAUUAAGUCGCAAAGACGUUGAAAAGAAUUGUGUAUGUGGUACUCGCAUGGCAACUUUAUAUAUAAGUGGCCACAUGCUGAUAUGCAUCAGGAACAUGUUGAAUAUGAACAUUAAGCAAAAUAAGAUGAUGAUACUGUGAUUCGUUAAAGGUGACUUACAUGCUAGGACAUGUCACACAACUGAACGCUAAAUUCAACAUAUAUUUAAUAUAAAUUAAUAAUUGCGCUGUGUUUUAAUAUACAUGCAAAUGUAAUAAAAAUUAGCAAAUGUAUUGCGAUUUUUCGCCGAGAACAGUUAUUGCUGAAUCGUUGUAGACACUUACCACUUAGGUAAAUCUUAUUCUGUAUGGUUUGAAGCCCCAAUCCCCUAACAUGUACAACACAACUUUACAUCCUUCAAAAAUGGAUAUGUUACUAAAUUCGACUAAACAGCUGAAUUUCAAUUAAUAAAAAAUUCAUUAACAUAUACUUUCUUCAUAUGCGGGUGGCAGGUUAACCAUCUAAAAUGAACCGUAAAAGCGCACUACGCUACUACCAAUUAUAUAAUUUGGAAUAAAUUCCAUUCUAACCAUUCGCUAUCGAUUAUGUGCUUCUUACAUUUUCUCCAACCAAAACAGUUUUAAAUUAAAUAAUCGUUAUUUUAUUUAUUUAAAACUAAUAUUAUUGAAUAUUGAAAUAAUUAUUGUUCGUGGACUGGGGCUUUAAACGUGUUUAUAUAUUGAUAUAUUUUUGCUAUCUAUAUACUUUGAUGUUAUUCAAGUAUGUGUGUGAAAUUUGGGAGUGUAAAUGUUUAUUGUUUUUUGUGGUUAUAUACACUAAUCCAUUUUUUUCAUUAGCAAUGCGUUGCUUAUAGAAAUACUUUAACAACGAAUUUGAACAUAACAUUUUAAAGUUGUCCAUAUAAUUUGUAUUAUAAUUCUCAAUUAUAUAUAGCUUUCUAUAUUUAUAUGUGUGUGUAUUUAUAAAUGCGUAUUAAAUGGUUUGUUAACAUAAAUACGACACAUAAAUGAUUGUAAACUUGACAACGUGUGUAUCAAAACAAAAAGAUUUGACCAAAUAUGUCAUGUUGUGUGGUUCUGUAAUUUCUUGGCUUUUGUUCGUAUAUACAAUAUCGUAUUAUUUAUGAUUCAAUGGAAUGUAUGCUGUUGUUGGUAGAAAACAAUUGUUUUGUUUGUGUUAUGUACAGAACUAUACAGAUAUACAGUUUUCUUUCACCAAUUCAAUUGUAUACUUCACUAUUUUGCAUAUAUUAUUUAAAAUAUUAUAUUCAGAAUAUUUAAAUAAUUGGAUGCAUAAAGCUUUCAUGAUUCAGUAAAAGCUCGUCCGAUUGCACUCCUUAUAUUCUGAUACCCGUAAAGGCAACGUAGUGUUAAUCCCUUUUUUCUAAUAUUGUAUGUUUAUUUCUGAUUCAUUGAAUUAUCCACCUUAUAUUAAUUUAUUCGCUUACACGUAGAAAAAAAGAAAGGAUAUCUGUAAACAACUUCCUUUAAGAGUUAUACUAAAGACGAUCAACUAUAAUUAAACAGUGUUUGCGUCUAAAAUUUACAUACAGAUCCGUAUGAAACUUUCCGAAGGUCAAACGGGUCUGUAUGGAAUUUUGAAACUGAUAUUUUUAUUUUUUAAUGAACAAGUAGUUCGUCGAGGUGAAUGGUUUUUAAGCUAUGAAACGAUUGAACGAUUAAAACAGAUAGCAUCAAUACAUAUAAAUGAUGAAGAGUGCAGCUAUAUUCCUGUCGAUGGGUGUCUUGCGCUGAUCCAAUUUGGUCUUAGAUCAGAUAUCAAUAAUCAUAAAUAUAGAUAAAAUGUGUGUUAACCUCACUGAUUUUUUUUCCAUACUCCAAUAGAGCAUUUGUAUACAAUUCUUGAACGAAAUUUGUGCUUAUGAUGUAUACGUUAGCUUGUAUGUAUGUUGUUUGGAAUGUGUAUGCAUUCGUUUGAUGUUAACUUGUGUGUUCAGUUUUCCAUUGAUUCUUAACGUUAUGUUCUGUGAUGGAAAUGGACAGUUUGGUACUAAAUUGAUAAGUUCAUGCCUAUAUCAUAGCAUGUUUAACCGUAAUAAAAAGCUGCUAUCUAUAAUGUUAAAAACGAUGAUACGUAAUAUUUGUUAUAUGUUAAAUGGUAAGCGUGUUAAUCUCGAACAAAAUGUGGAAUCAAUGUGUAGAGUACUUGUUAACUUUAUUUAAGAUCAUGCUUUACUUUUAUUUUAACAUACAUUUGUCUGCGUGGUAAUUCAUAUAAGUGGCCACAUGCUGAUAUGCAUCAGGAACAUGUUGAAUAUGAACAUUAAACAAAAUAAGAUGAUGAUACUGCGAUUCGUUAAAGGUGACUUACAUGCGAGAACUUGACACACAACUGAAAAUUGAAUUCAACAUAUAUUUAUUAUUAAUUAAAACUUGUGCAGUGUUUUCAUAUGCAUGUAAAUGUAAAACAAAUUAGACAAUGCAUUGCGAUCCUUCGACGAGAACAGUUGUUGUUGAAUCGUUGUAGACACUUUCCACUUAGGUAAAUCUUAUACUGUAUGGGUUGAAGCCUAAAUCCCCUAACAUGUACAACAAAACUUUACAGAAAUCCUUUCAAAAUGGAUAUGUAACCAAUAACGACUAAACAGCUAAAUUUAAAUCAAUACAAAAUUCAUUAACAUAUAGUUUCUUCAUAUGCGUGUGGCAGGUUAUACAUCUAACAUGAAUCGUAAAAGCGCACUACGCUAGUACCAAGCAUAUAAUUUGGAAUAAAUUCCAUUAUAACCAUUCGCUAUCGAUUAUGAACUUAAAACAUCCUAAAUUUUCUCCAACCAAAAUAGUUUUAAAUUCAAUAAAAAAUCGUAAUUUUAUGUCUUUAAGAAUAAUGUUAUUUAGUAUUGAAAUAAUUAGUUUGGAUGGACUGUGGCUUUAACAGUGUUUAUAUAUUGAUAUAGUUAUUUGCUAUCUAUAUACUUUGAUGUUAUUUAAGUAUGUGUAUUAAAUUUUUGCGGGUGAAUGUUUAGUGUUUUCUGUGAUUAUAUACACUUAUGCAUAUUUUUUUCAUGCGCAAUGCGUUGCUUAAAGAACCACUUAAACAAUUAAUUUUAUCAUAACAUUUUAAAGUUUGUACAUUUAAUGUGUAUUAUAAUUCUCAAUUAUUAUACAUAUUAGUAUAAUUGUGUAAAAAGUAAAAUGAGUAAAACAAACAUUUUUUAUAAAUGCGUAUUUAAUGAAUCGUUAACAUAAAUACGACCCCAUAAAUGAUUGCAAACUUGACUACGUGUGUAUCCCAAAAAAAAGGUUUGAUCAACUGUGUCAUGCUGUGUGCUUUUAUUUUAUUGACUUUUUUUCGUAUAUACUAUAUACACGUAGUCAUGUUUAUGAUUCAAUGGAAUGGGUGCUGUUGUUGAUACAAAUUAAUGUUUUGUUUGCGUUAUGUACACGAAUAUGCAGUUAUACAGUUUUAUAUAUUUUAACCGGUCGAAUUUUCUUUCACUAAUACAAUUAUAUAUUUCACUAUUUUGCACCUAUUAUUUAAAAUACUAUAUUCAGAAUAUUUAAAUAAUUGCUUGUAUAAAGCUUUCAUGAUUCAGUAAAAGCUCGUCCGAUUGCACUCCUUAUUCUGAUACACGUAAAGGCAACGUAGUGUUAAUCCCUUUUUUCUAAGAUUGUAUGUUUAUUUGAAAUUUAUUGAAUUGUCCAAAUUUUGUAAAAACAUUUGCUUAUACGUAUAAAACGAACGAAUAUUUGUUAACAAGCAUCUUUAAGAAUUAACCUAGAGAUAAUCAACUAUAAUUAAACAUUGUUUGCAUCUAAAAUUUACAUACAAAUCCGUAUGAAACUUUCUGAAGGUUUAACGGGUCUGUAUGGACUUUUGAAACUGAUAUUUCAUUUUUUUAUAAACAAGCUCGUCGAUGUGAAUGGUUGUUGCAUCUAUGCAACGAUUGAACGAUUGAACGAUUGAAACAGAUAGCAUCAAUACAUAUAAAUGAUGCAGAGUGAAGCUAUAUUCCAGUUGAUGUGUGUCGUGUUCUUCUCCAAAUUGCUUUAUUUUUAUUAAGUUGAUAACUUAGUUAGUUUGUUAUGUAAUCAAUAAUGAAAAUGCUGAUAUAUUUAAGUUCAUGUCCUUUUUGCAGGCGAGAAAACAUUGGAAUACUUCUCUUUGAAUGAAUAGACAAAUUAACGUGAUUAUGUUUAGCCAGCGUACAAUUUCUCAGCGGAAUUAAGAUAUUUGUAAUGACAACCUAGCAGUUGUUUGUAUAAAUGUCUUCCCUAAUUUUAUGUGAUUGUCAAAGAUUGUUAUAUCUUUUUUAAAAAUAUCGUUUGUCAACAUGUAAUUGUGUAUACAAUUCCAUUAUUGUGGUUUUUCGUUGUAUAGACAAAAAAGAGAAUUGAUAUUUGAUGAAACAUCAAUAAUAAAUAAAAUCACUUUAAAGUUUGUGCUGACAAUAAUGUCCGCGUUUUAUUCACUACCCUUUAUUAAUAAACUUCCUAUAAUAUAUAAAUCAAUUAUAAUUAUAUAAUCGUACGUGUUGCUUGAUUGUUUAAAGUUUUAAAUUGUCAUAAUAAGGUGUUGAUUUAAUAUGUUUGUAUCACAAAGGUCUGAGUUCAGAUAUAAAUAAUCAUAAAUAAAGAGUAAAUGUGUGUUAACUUCACUGAAUUGUGUUUUGUUCCAUAUCCAAAAGAGCAUUUGCAUACAACUCUUGAACAAAAUUUAUCUUAAUGAUGUAUACGUUAGCUUGUAUUGAUGUGCUUUAGCAUGUGUAUGCAUUCGUUUGUUGUUAACGUGUGUGUUCAGUUUUCCAUAGAUUCUUAAUGGUAAAAUAAACGUUCUGUU